CAGCCGCAGGGGUCAGAUCUCAGCCGUCCGGUUUCCCCUGUCCCCACCAUCCAUCGGUCAUCGGUUGUUGUAGCCUCCCGAUCAGCGGGCAGCCUGCGCCCAAAACCUUCGUAGUUUUUCCCGCGAAUUCAAGAACUCGGACCUCUUUUGCGUCCAUAAGAUAAGAAGUCGACCUGACAAUCGCUUCUUAUCUUUCACUCUGGAGCCACCUCAAUCAAUCAGAAAAAUCAAGUUGCUCUUCUCUGCAUAGUCAAAAAUCUUCCCGGAGGCAGACAGACAGGUGCAAAUAUCAUCUGAAAAGCCUCAACCGAUUCAGCACUUCAGUAGUUUGCUUCGGCGCUCUCCCUCUUCUUCUCCGGGACACCAGCCCAGCUGCGCCCAUCCGUAGUAGUUGGCCCGUCCCUGCAGCCGCGACCAAACUGCCGCGGUGUAGUUCACGUCUGAGUCCACCAAUGCAUACUACCAGCACGCACCACUACUACCAUUCCCCUACUACUACUACCGGGUGGCCGGCGUCGCCAUGUAUUCCUAUCAUGGUUUCUUGCUUUCCCGCCUUCCCUUGCCUUGCACAUCCCGGCAAGCGACCUGCUGCUGCUAGGCUCCAUUUCCAGCAUUAGUCUAUACCCUGAUCGGAAGCAAGUGCAUGCUAGCUGACGCUAGUUCACCGAAACGACGCCAUGGAUAAGCAGAGGCGCCAGCUUCGGCUACGGCAAUGGCUGGUGGUUCCAUGGGUUAUCGCGGUCAUGGGAGCUGCCGUGGCGACGGCGGAGUUGGCGGAGUCGGACCUGGAGGCGUUCCGCGACGAGCGGGGCGGGCUGGUGGCGCUGCGCGACGGGCUGCGCUCGGCCAAGGACCUGCACUCCAACUGGACGGGCCCGCCGUGCCACGGCGGGCGGAGCCGGUGGUACGGCGUCUCCUGCGACGGCGAGGGCCGCGUGGUGGGCGUCAGGCUCGACGGGGUUCAGCUCACGGGCGCGCUCCCCGCUGGCGCGCUCCGCGGCGUCGCGCGGCUUGCCACGCUCAGCCUGCGUGACAACGCCAUCCACGGCGCGCUCCCGGGGCUUGCCGGCCUGGACCGGCUCCGCGUCAUCGACCUGUCGAGCAACCGCUUCUCGGGCCCGAUCCCGCGCCGGUACGCCGCGGCGCUCCCCGCUCUCACGCGGCUCGAGCUCCAGGACAACCUGCUCAACGGAACCGUGCCGGCGUUCGCGCAGGGCGAGCUCACCGUCUUCAACGUGUCCUACAACUUCCUCCAGGGCGAGGUCCCGGGUACGCGUGCGCUCCGCCGGUUCCCCGCGAGCGCUUUCGGCCACAACCUCAAGCUCUGCGGCGAGGCCGUGAACGCCGCGUGCGGGUCGGGUUCGCCCUCAGCCGACGAUGAAGCCCCAGCUGCCGGCAACCGCGACGAUCGGGUCGUCAGGCCGGCCGAACAGGACGCCCGCGGGCGGGCCGCGCGCAAGUCAAGGCACUUCAAGCUGGCUGCGUGGAGCGUCGUGGCGAUCGCCCUUAUCGCCGCGAUGGUGCCGUUCGCCGCCGUGCUCAUCUUCCUGCAUCAGACCAAGAAGUCCCGGGAGGUUCGUCUCGGUGGCCGUGCCACGCCGACAGGAGCGCCGGACAUCAAGGAUAAAGCCGAGCAAGGCAAGUUGAGUGGCAGCGGCAGCGGCAGCAGCAGCGGGAGCCGGAACGCGCAGGCGCAGCUGCAGUUCUUCCGCGCGGACAAGGCGGCCGGCUUCGACCUCGACGACCUGUUCCGUUCGACGGCGGAGAUGCUCGGCAAGGGACGGCUGGGGAUCACCUACCGCGUGACGCUCGAGGGCGGCGCGGCCGUCGUCGUCGUGAAGCGGCUGCGCAACAUGGGGCACGUGCCGCGCAAGGACUUCGCGCACACCAUGCAGCUGCUGGGAAAGCUCCGGCACGAGAACGUGGUCGAGGUCGUCGCGUGCUACCACUCCAAGGAGGAGAAGCUCGCCGUCUACGAACACGUGCCCGGGCGCAGCCUCUUCGAGCUCCUUCACGAGAACAGAGGCGAAGGCAGGAUGCCGCUGCCGUGGCCGGCGAGGCUGUCGAUAGCGAAGGGCAUGGCGCGCGGGCUGGCGUACCUGCACCGGACGAUGCCGUUUUUCCACCGGCCGCCGCACGGCAACCUCAAGUCGUCCAACGUGAUCAUCCUGUCGACGCCCAGCGGCAAGCACCAGCACCCGCACGUGGUGCCGAAGCUCACGGACUACGGCUUCCACCCGCUGCUCCCUCACCACGCGCACAGGCUGGCCGCGGCCAAGUGCCCGGAGUACGCGCGCGGCAAGCGACCGUCGUCCCGGGCCGACGUGUUCUGCUUCGGCCUCGUGCUGCUGGAGGUGGUGACGGGGAAGUUGCCGGUGGACGAGGCUGACGGCGACAUGGCGGAGUGGGCGCGUCUGGCGCUGAGCCACGAGUGGUCCACGGACAUACUCGACGUGGAGAUCGUCGGCGAGCUGGAGCGGCACGGGGACAUGCUGAGGCUCACGGAGGUCGCGCUGAUGUGCGCUGCUGUCGAGCCCGACAGGCGGCCCAAGAUGCCCGACGUCGUCAGGAUGAUCGACGAGAUCGGCGGCGGCGUGGAGGAGAAAGGGAGGUGGGAGCUCGUCGUAGGAUGAUCUUGAGCUGUGUGUAGGAGACCAUUUGUGCUUCCGCGAUACACGAUAUCUUAGUUACCACCCGUCUUUUUGUAUCUAAGUAAAGUACUUUGUGUUCCUCUUUCUUCUCGGAAGGUAUCAUGGCCAUCGAUUAGUGAGUACUA